AUGAAGGAGAAAGCUCGCCUCUGCAAGCUUCAACUACAGAAGGAGAAGCGUGUUGAGCGUGAGAGACUCCGGGAGGAGCGGAGGAAGGUAGCUGCUGCAAAACUAGCUGAGAAACAACACCAGAAGCUCCUCAACAACGCUAGAAAAGUUAUACAAUUGCCCUAA